UCACUUCUCUAGACCACCUCUUCAAUUCUCUUCUCUAACAAAAAAAACAGCUUACAUACAUAAGAGAGCUAUAAUUAAUACUUGAUACGUACAGUAUUUAACUAUGGGAAGAUCGCCGUGCUGCGACGAGAUCGGAGUGAAGAAAGGGCCGUGGACGCCGGAGGAGGAUAAGGUUCUGGUGGACUACAUCCAACGGAACGGCAGCUGGAGGAACCUCCCCAAGAACGCGGGCCUCAACCGCUGUGGGAAGAGUUGUAGGCUGAGAUGGACGAACUAUCUCAGGCCGGAUAUUAAGAGAGGCAAGUUCACCGAGGAAGAAGAACGACUCAUCAUACAUCUCCAUUCUGUCCUCGGAAACAAGUGGUCAUCAAUAGCGACCCGCCUGCCAGGACGAACAGAUAACGAGAUCAAGAACUACUGGAACACGCACCUCAAGAAGAAGCUUCUGUGCAUGGGUAUUGAUCCGGUUACCCACCGCCGCCGGACCGACCUUGACAUCCUCUCCAGCCUCCCUGCCCUCCUCGCGGCCGCAAACAUAGGAAACUUAACCGUCCCGUCAGCAUGGGACAAUGCGCUCCGCAUUCAGGCCGACGCAGCGAACCUCGCGAAUGUUCAGAUGCUUCAGAGCCUGAUACAACUCGUGACAUCAAACUAUUCUCCUCUUUUCGACGCGACGUGCCUUUUGGGCUCCAAUGGUAACCAGUUUGGCGAUGCCGUACAACUCAACCGCCAGCUCGAGGCCGUGCUCAACGGAUCGUUGAGUCUCGGUCAGGCGCCUGUAACUAACUUGAAUCAGCUGGGGGAUUCAGUGACUUUGAACAAUUUACAGGAUCAAGAAAAUGUCAUAAAGAAUGAAGAUAUCAAUUUAUAUGCAAACGUUUCGAUUCCUUCUUUGGUUUCGGCGUCCCCAGAAAAUGUAGCCUCCGAUCAAGCGCAAGAACCGUCGCAGUCCAACUCGUCGAGCUCGAUGCAUCUUGAGGCAUGGGAGGGUUUAAACCCUGAUGAUGAUUUUGGAUUGAAAGACAUCUUGGAGCAGAUGUCAUGGUCAAACAACAAUAUGUUGUAGAUCAAGAGGAGGGAUUUUGUGCAUAGAUGUUAAAAUUUCACAGUUUCAAGAAUAUUGAUGAAUUUGUUGCAGUUUAUAAAGUUGUGGCCUAGCAGCUGAAAAUGAUCAGAGAACAUUUGUUGUGUAUUAACACAGAUACACUGUACUUGAUGUAAUAGAUUUAAAUUGAGAUGUUAAUUAUUCAUGUACUUUAUUUAUAUAUAUUACUAUUGUU